GUAUUUCGUUAAAUUAUUUUUUUCGCAGUAACAAAGCCACUUUUGGCUCAAUGACAACAUUAGGUGACAGAAGUUCGUACAGUAUGAACGUAUAGUUAUUACUCGUAUUAAACACGAAGAUGCGUUUGUUUUUAAUUUUCGGUGCGCUACUUUUAUUAUACUGCAAUGAAUGUGAAUCGACACAAACUGUUGUUUUCGUCUACGAUAAAGUAAACGCAACCGAAUAUGACGUCAACCUAUUUACCGGAAAAAUAAAACAAUUUUUCGCCACGUUAUUCCAGACAGAUGGAGAUUUCGAUUAUCAUCUCAAGAUAGUGGUCCCUGACAAAUCUUACAUCCAAGAAGUAUCAAAAUUCAAUUCCACUGGUGCAAAAGUAACUCGAAGAAACGAUACCACAAUCAAAGGCCAAUCCACAUUGAAAACUGUACUUACACAAUUACAAGAAUCUCCUUCGUAUUCAGUCAUCUACGUCAUCACUAAUGUCACCAAACCAAUAAGCAACGACAUCCAACUCGACAGUAUCUUGGAAGAAAUACAGAUUAAAAGAACCCAGGUCAACUUUCUUAUCGAAACGGAGUUCUGUUUGCAAACCGAUUCGCUCCAAGAGUAUGGAUUAAUUAGUUCUGCGAGUGAUGGAUUCGCACAAAUGGGCCCAAAAUUAUUCAAAUAUCACCAGUUUCCAGUAUCGAUAUAUAUGAAGUUGAAUUCUGCACCUCGAAAAGUAUGCUCAUUGGAAAUUAAAACCACAGAUGAAGAUCGUACAUCCUGCAUCAACAUGGAUUCAUUUUUCAUUAAUGCGGUAGUGCAAAAGCUAAUUUUCGGUAGUUUGGAUUCAGACGAGUACGAAAUACAUGCAGUAGACCAUCAUCGAAUCGAGACAGCGACAGGAACUUCCAAGAUAUGCACCGAUACUUAUAAAAAACUUAAUCGAGCAGAGUUGCAAUUUGUUAUUGCAGCGUAUACAGGAGAACAUGAGUUUCACUACGGUUUUUCGACCGAAGACGUCGUCGAAUCCUUAAACGAGACAUUUAAAAGACCAAUCAAAGGUGCUUCAAACAAAAUCUACGUAUCAUCGAGCUACAAGUACAAAAAGGAUCAAUUUCAACAUUUCAAUGUUCUCUUUCUGAAUGGUACUCCUUUUGGGCAAGAUAUUCGUUUACAAGCGGUGAAUGAAACCGAUCUAUUUGUGGGAUCGUUUCAACCACCGAGCGAAGACUAUUUUUAUAUUCAAGUCAUAAGUCACGAUGACUGGGCAACAGUGGCGCGAAUUUCAAAUGCAAUAAGUGCAGCAGUUGGGUUCGGUGGUGAAAACGAUAAAAAUCCAACUUUCGAAUAUAGACCGGAUUUCAAGCCUCGAUCCAAACAAUCGAUUGAUCAAUAUGUUCGUAAUCGAGACCCGAAGCCAUCGUCCUCAGAAAACUACAGCAUAGAUGCAGUCCUACUUCUAUUUGGAUUUCUUGUUGUCGUUUUAGUGAUGGUAGGGGUGCUUCACCUCUGUUUGGUUGGAUUAAAACUGAUUUGUAAAUUUUGUAAGUGGAUAUGGUACUAUAUUCGAGACGAAAAAUCAUUGAAACCAGAAAUCGAAAAAGACAAUCGUCAUCGAGCUAAGCGUGCUAAGCCAUUCGACUAUCACGGUGUGUAACUGCUCAGUGCUCAUGUUUGUACAACUUUUAAAUAAAGGUUUUUAAUUAAUCGAUA